UGUGCUGUGCGGACCCGCGAAGGCGAAUAUGGCCCUGCCCGGCACACCGUCCGGGCCAGCCAGUUGCCAAGACAAAGGGGAUUUGGCGAUGGAGGCUUUGUUGGAAGGAAUGCAAAAUCAGGGACAUGAAGGGGGAUUUUUGACAUCCUGUGAAGCAGAACUACAAGAGCUCAUGAAACAGAUUGACAUAAUGGUGGCUCAUAAAAAAUCUGAAUGGGAAGGGCAGACACAUGCUCUUGAAACUUGCUUGGGCAUCCGUGAACAAGAACUGAAGGCUCUUAGGGGUCAGUUGGAUAUGAAACACAAUGAGGUUGUAAUGUUGCGUCAACAAGUAGAAGAACAUGAAAAAGUUAAACAAGAGAUGGCCAUGGACUAUAAGCAGGAGUUAAAGAAACUACAUGAAGAAUUAGGCAGACUGAAAAGAAGCUAUGAAAGACUACAGAAAAAGCAUAUAAGGGACUUCAGAGGAAACACCAAAAAUCACAGGGAAGAUCGAUCUGAAAUUGAGAGGUUAACUGGAAAAAUAGAGGAAUUUCGUCAGAAAUCACUGGACUGGGAGAAGCAACGCCUGAUUUAUCAGCAACAGGUAUCUUCUCUGGAAGCACAGAGGAAGGCUUUGGCAGAACAAUCAGAGAUAAUUCAGGCUCAGCUUGCCAAUCGGAAACAGAAAUUAGAGUCUGUGGAGCUGUCCAGCCAGUCGGAAAUUCAGCAUCUGAGCAGUAAGCUGGAGCGGGCCAAUGACACUAUCUGUGCCAAUGAGUUGGAAAUAGAGCGCCUCACCAUGAGGAUCAAUGACUUAGUGGGAACCAAUAUGAAUGUUAUACAAGAGCAGCGGCAAAAGGAAGAAAAAUUAAGGGAAUCUGAAAAACUGUUAGAGAUUCUCCAGGAAGAAAAGAGGGAACUGAAGGCAGUUCUUCAGUCUCAAGAAAAUUUCAUCCAUGAGGAAAGAAUGCAGAAGGAGAAGCUACAAGCAAAAUUAAAGCCAACUGACAGUCAACACACAGUACAGGCCGUGAGGUCACCAGACGAGCCGCAGGCAGAAAGGAGGUACACCUCGCAAGGGCAGGAGGACUUGGGCAACGUGCUAUCUCAGCUGGAUCUCACCCACAAUAGUGAAGAACUUCUGCAGGCAGAGGUGACUCGUUUGGAAGGCAGCUUGGAGUCUGUGAGUGCAACAUGUAAACAGCUGAGCCAAGAACUAAUGGAAAAAUAUGAAGAACUGAAGAAGAUGGAAGUAUAUAACAAUGAGUACAGGGCAGAGAUUAAGAAGUUGAAAGAACAGAUUCUGCAGGCUGAACAGAGUUACAGUUCUGCAUUAGAAGGAAUGAAGAUGGAAAUCUCUCAGCUGACUCGGGAGUUACACCAGCGAGACAUCACUAUUGCCUCCACUAAAAGCUCCUCCUCUGACAUGGAAAAGCGACUCAAAGCAGAGAUACAAAAGGCAGAAGAAAAAGCAGUAGAACAUAAGGAGAUUUUGGAUCAGAUGGAGUCACUCAAGUUAGAAAAUCAUCAUCUUUCUGAAAUGGUGAUGAAAUUGGAAUUGGGUUUACAUGAGGCAAAAGAGAUUUCACUAGCAGACCUCCAGGAGAAUUAUAUUGAGGCCUUAAAUAAAUUAGUGUCUGAAAAUCAACAACUGCAGAAAGAGUUGAUGGAUACUAAAUCUAAGCUGGAGAUUUCUACUCAGAUAUGCAAAAAAAACCAUGAGAGAAUCUUUAAACCGACACACAGCAGAGCACCUGAGUUCAAGAAUACAGAGUUCAAGCCAACCCGUGGCCCGUACAGACACGAUGGAGUAAAGACUGAGCGCUGCAAAACAGGUCUUCAUUCUCCGAGACGACAGGCAUUGGAUAGUAUAGAGCCCAUGUCCAGAGUCCUCAGCCCCCUGAGCUCUCAGAUCAGCCCUUGCAGUUCCACCAUCUCUUUGCCUUCUAACUUUCUGUGUAAAACUAGCUCUUUGCCUUCAGCGCUAGAUACAAAUGAUGCCAGUUUUUCUGACACUGUCUCUGAGAGUAUAAAUGACCAGGAAGAGUUUAUGUCUUCGUGUCCCUUGCCUGUGUCUCCUCUUGGUUCAAUAGCUACCAGAUUUUUGGAAGAGGAGGAACUGCGGUCCCAUCAUAUUCUAGAGCGCCUGGAUGCCCAUAUUGAAGAACUUAAAAGAGAGAGUGAAAAGACAGUGAAACAGUUCACCACCCUAAAGUAGCCUUUUUAAAAAAUCACAAACUUGGAAAUAAAAAUGAACCCUGAAGAGUUGCUGUCACCCGACGAAGCAGCUUGUCAAAACACGAACAUGUAAAAAUAGCGAAGAUGAGACAUCCUAACACUGUUGGGAAGAAAUCUGAAAA